AUGACUUCUUCCCUACCCAAGACUUACAAGGCCUUGUUCUUCGAUAACGAGGGCGCCGAACUGUCUCUCAGAGAUGUUGAGUUGAAAGAGCCCGGACCAGGCUAUGUCCUUGUUAAGGUUGUCGCCUGCGGUGUCUGUCACUCUGACCGAUUCGUGCAGCAAGGCAAUUUCGGUGAUGUCUUCCCUCGUGUACCCGGCCACGAGGCAGUUGGAAACAUCGUCGCUAUAGGUGAUGGCGUUACUCGUUUCAAAAUGGGGGAACGAGUUGGCGGUGGAUGGCAUGGAGGCCAUGAUGGAUCAUGCCGCUCCUGCCAACAGGGCAUGUUCCAGAUCUGCGACAACGAACAAGUCAACGGCGUGAGUAUGGAUGGCGGCUACGCAGAGUACGUCCUCCUCCGUGCCGAAGCAGCAGUUCGAGUCCCAGCGGAUGCCAAUCCCGCCGAAGUGGCCCCCUUCCUCUGCGCCGGCGUCACCGUCUUCAACGCCAUACGAAACGCAGGUGUUCUUCAGGGCGGUGUUGUAGCUGUGCAAGGCCUUGGAGGUCUCGGCCACUUGGCUCUGCAGUACGCCUCCAAGAUGGGCUACACCGUUGCGGCGUUAAGCCAUGGCGCUGAUAAACAGGAUUUUGCAAAGCAGCUGGGUGCGCAUCAUUACAUCGACACCAGUGCCGAAGACGCAGCAGAGGCGCUUCAGAAGCUCGGAGGUGCAAACAUGAUCGUCGCCACGGCCCCCAAUGGAAAAGCUGUCAGUCCUCUUGUUGCAGGCCUCGCACCUCAAGGAAAGCUACUGGUGCUUGCUCCUCUCGGACCUGUCGAGUUUGACACCAAGAUCAUGGUUAUCAAAGGUCUCAGCGUGAACGGGUGGAACUCAGGACAUCAGCAGGACUCGGAGGAUGCGAUUGCUUUUGCGCAUCAGCAUGGGGUGAAGUGCAUGAUUGAGACGUUCCCGUUCAUGUCAGACUACAAGCAGGCGUUUGAUAAGAUGGCGGAUGGAAAGGUGCGCUUUAGGUCUGUCAUGACUUUCUAA